AUGGGUCCACUCGUGCUGAGCCAAUUAGCCACCGGUCUAAGCGUCCUGGCCGGAGCGGUUUUCGUUAAAUCGGUGAUGGACCAAAAACCCAUGGCGGGUCAAUUUCCCAGAUGUCCCAGCUGCAACGGAACCGGUAGAGUCCCUUGUCUCUGCUCACGCUGGUCUGACGGUGAUGUCGGCUGUAGUACGUGUUCCGGUUCGGGUCGCAUGGGUUGCAGCAGUUGUGGUGGGUCCGGAACCGGUCGACCUUUACCUGCUAGAAUUACAGUACGACAACCGAACCGCCCAUCCUAGUUGACCGGUUCGGUCUAGAGUUUGUUGUUCAUGCAGCUCCCUUUAGCGUUAGUAACAUUUUAUACAUGUUCUUAUUUUUAUUUUAUUUUAUCUUCAUAUCCCAAAUCAAUCAAUCAAUCAUAUAGGUAUUUGUGUAAUAUAAGUGCAAAUUUGACACUUGAAGUAGAGAGAAAAGGGAUAUUAUUAUGUUGUAAGUAAAUUACUCUGUAAGUAAGAUUCUUGAACAUCAUCGUCAUCAUAUAAUUUUGAUUAAUCCUA